AGAUGGCGGCAAGACUGUCAUUUCUUGUGCUCCUUUAUCUAGCUGUAUUUUCACAAUUUAUAGCGGCACAAACUGGAAGAUCUUUUGAUAAGUUCCUCAAGAGUGAUCACACUAACAACUGGGCUGUAUUGGUAUGUACCUCGCGGUUUUGGUUCAACUACCGACACGUGGCUAACGUUCUUUCCAUGUAUAGAAGUGUUAAGCGGCUCGGAAUCCCAGACAGUCAUAUUAUUGUUAUGCUUGCUGAUGAUAUGGCUUGCAAUGCCCGAAACCCAAGACCAGGAACAGUGUUCAACAAUGCAAACCAGCAUAUUAAUGUAUAUGGUGAUGAUAUUGAAGUUGAUUACAGAGGAUAUGAGGUCACAGUAGAAAAUUUCAUAAGAAUAUUGACAGGUCGUUUGCCAUCCAGAGUACCAAGAUCUAAGAGACUUCUCUCUGAUGAGAGAAGUAAUAUUCUUGUAUACAUGACAGGUCAUGGUGGUGACGGCUUUCUCAAGUUUCAAGAUGCUGAGGAGAUAACUAGUAUUGAGCUGGCAGAUGCCUUUGAGCAAAUGUGGCAGAAAAGACGGUAUAAUGAAGUCUUCUUGAUUGUGGAUACCUGUCAAGCGUACUCCAUGACUCAGAAAUUGUACUCACCCAACAUUCUAGCUGUUGGCAGCAGUUUAGUAGGAGAGGACUCACUUUCUCAUCACGAAGACCCUGCCAUUGGAGUGCAUGUAAUUGACAGAUAUACAUAUUAUGUGCUUCAAUUCUUGGAAGGUGUGAAGCCCAACAGCAAGGCCACUGUGGGAGAGUUGUUCAAAUAUACCACACCAGCUCUGGUAAUAUCUACUCCAGGAGUGAGAUCUGAUUUGUUUAAGAGAGACCCUAAAAAGGUUCUAGUCACUGACUUCUUUGGCAGUGUUCAUAGCAUCGAAAUGACUAAUUCUACAACCUUUGAUCUCAUGGAGGACACAUCAUGCAGGGGAGAUCAUUGUUCAGGAUCCCAGUCAGAUGAAAGACAUCAAACUUCAGAGAAACGCAUUCUUCAUGAGCAGUUUCCAAACCCACAAAAGAAGCAAGAUGACAAAGAAUGGCAUUUCACUACAGAAUUCCUCAUAUCCCUGAUGGUUUUUAUGUUACUGGUUGGUUUUGCUUUUGUGAGAUAAAAAAGUAUUCUCACAAGCAAAAUUGUGGAGCAAGUACAUGAACAUUGUGAAAUACUGCCAAAAUCAGUGCUUGACAUGAGGGACUGAAAAGAGCCAAGCAGCUAAACAGUUACUGUUUCAGGCAUAACAUUCAAUAUGAACCAGGAAAUGAAUACAGAGAACUUUAACUAAACUGCCUCUCCUCCAGGAUUACAGGAAUGGUGGGCAUAAUGUACUGACUGGUACAGAGCAAGCUUGUAUCAUGCGAUAGUCUAUGGUAAACACAUCAGCUUGUAUCAGAAUACAAGUUGUGAAGACAGUAAAUUGAUAAUAACUGAAAUUUUGAAAUGGUGAAAGAGUGCUGAUAACAUGUUUGUGAUGUAUGUCACUUUACAUCAUGUUGGAUUGCAAGGAAAAACAGACUUCACACACAAACUGCAGUCAGGAUUUGUGCACUGGGAAGAUGUGAUCUGAAUUUUUCAGGAUUUAUCAGUAUUAAUGUUCAGGAGUACAGUAUUCCUUUGACUGUCAGAUAUAAAAGUUGCACAGAAGUUGGUAAACCUUCUUAAAUGUGAGCAGAAAGUUAGAAAUAGCCUGAUCUCCUCUUGCUGCAGUUUUUUCGAUAUUGUUAUACAAAUUGCAAGACCAACAAGACCAACCAACAGCAGCAAUAUAGACAUUGAACCAGUAAAAGUCAGUCAAAAUUAUAUUUUUUUUAAUCUUAAUUUUAAGUUUUAAUUUUAUGGCCAAGAGUAUUUUCCAGAAUAAAAAAAAAAACAGAGAAGCAUAAAAAAAAGAAACAAGUUACUGUCCUUGUUUCACACAAAAAAAAAUACAACUUAAGUCUACAACUUCCAAGUUGUUUAUGCACAAGCCUGAACAUACUGGAGAGAAUUUAUUAUAAAAAAUAUAGAAUCAAUACAAAAAUAUGGUAUGUGACAAUAAAGGUCAUGACUACAUGCAAGCAUUGUUGCUGUGGGCAUGCAUCAAAAUCAAA